AAUAAAACAUUGCUCCUCCCAGAGCAAGUGGAAUCUCCGUUGUUUGGGCGGGAAAACGUCACCCCAGGGGAAACGUCAACCCAGGGAAAAUGAAACUUUUUCCACUUCUUGAGCAGAGAGGAAUCCGGACAGCCUCAUCAUGCUGAGUGAGUCUUGGUGCCCCACGGGGCCAGGGCAAGGAGUGGUGGUGACUGCCUCUGCAAUCGGAGGAGGAGCCUUGGCCGUGGGGGCUGUGCCCAUGGUGCUCAGUGCCAUUGGCUUCACGAAGGCAGGAAUCGCUGCCUCCUCCAUAGCGGCCAAGAUGAUGUCUGCGGCAGCCAUUGCCAACGGGGGUGGAGUUUCUGCUGGCAGUCUGGUGGCUAUUCUGCAGUCAGUGGGGGCAGCUGGACUCUCCACGGCAUCCAACUUCCUCCUGGGCUUUGUUGGGUCUGCUGUUGGUGCUGGGUCUGCUCUUGGGGUCUUCCUGGGGAACUUAAGAUAGGUACCCUCUUCUUCUUACCAAGAGGGACCUGAGGGAACAGGCAGGUGGCUCCCAUGGUGGAAAUGACUCUCCCUGGCCUCUGGAUGACAGCUCCUUAAUGACAAGCUUCUUUUUUCCAAAUUGUUCAAGAAAGCAUGAAAAAUAAAGACGAAAUGCCAUCAGU